ACAUGGCCUGCCAUCAAAGAUCUGCAAGUCUGCCUUGUAUUCCCCACUCCACUGAAUCCAAAGUGGAGGUGGAGCUGCAGGGCCUGCAAACACGCAUCUCCUCGCCUUCCGCGACCAUCGGCACGAUGUGCGAUGGUUUGAGGAGGCUUGGAGACAUCUACAGCUGCAUAGAGGAGAUCAUGAGCUUGCCUAGCAACCAAGUUAGCCUCUCUUUGCCCCUGCAAAGGAAAAUGGUUGAGGAAGAGCUUGACAGAUCAAUUGUCCUUGUUGACCUCUGCAAUGCCAUGCAAGAGAACUUGGCAGAGCUGAAGAUGAGCAUCCAGGAGCUGCAGCUUGGCGUCAAGAGAGGAGAUGCCGCAGCCAUUCAGCUCAAGAUCGAGUCUUUCAUUCGCCUCGUGAAGAAGGCACAUAAGCCUUUCAAGAAGAUCACAAGCAGCAAAGCUAUGAGCGAAGGUUGCAUGACGGUCAGGCUACUGGUAGAAGCAAGAGAGAUGGCUCUCUCUCUGAUUGAAUCGGCAUCUCGCCUCUUACCAAAGCAAAUCGUGGUCACCAGAUGGUCUCUUGUCUCAAAGAGGUUUCAGAAAAGGAGGGUCGUCUGCGAGGAGACGCAGUUGCGAGCGCUGGAGCACAGCUUGGCUGAUCUUGAGAACGGUGUUGAGCCCUUGUUCAGGAGGUUGAUCCAGAGCAGGGUUUCACUCCUUAACAUCCUUAGCUCAUAGGUGAUUCUCAAAGCCUUGUUGCUCUAGCAAAUCUUUUGUACAUGAUACUGGAUAUAUACUUGAUAUUGAUUGGUUACACAAUUUUGAUCAUGUAUUUUGUCAAC